UUCACAACUUCACAACAACAAAGGCAAAAGGAAGGGAAAGUAUAGUCUGAGCUUGAACUUUAGGACAAAAUGCAUGUUUCCAUCUAGCCAUUGCGUCUAGGGCUUAUGUCUGCGAGUGCUGACUGAGACUAGAGAAAAUAAGGAGGACUGUGCCACCUUUGUUGGACAAUAUUUUGUCCUUAUCACUGAACCAUGGGGGAUCCAGUGAAGACAUAACACAGGUGUACAACAACUACCCAGAGGAUCUAGGGGCAGCUCUAUACCGAGAGCCAUUUGACUUCAACGCCGAGCCACCUUGGGAUCCUAGCUGAUAGUGGAGGAGUUCAUCCCAGGACUCAUCCAUUUUGUUGCAUAAGUCUAGGACCCCAGGGGCUCGAGAGGGAGCGAGCAAGACCACUUCGCACUAGCCACAUUCUUUAUGCCUGUUGGAUUUGAAGAAAACGGUUGAGAGGAUGAAAGGAAUCGCUGAUGAACCGCAGUAUUCUGUUGACCUGCUGGAAGGAGGCAUGGCCCUCUGUGAUGUUAUUGACAAUCACAUUUAUGAGCAAACACUGUCUGAGAAAAAUGCAUUCUUUGUAGCAGAUCUGGGAGUCAUAAUGAGGCAGCAUGUUCGCUGGCGGACCCACAUGUCCCAGAUCAGACCAUACUAUGCUGUCAGGUGCAAUAGCAGCCCAGCUGUGAUUGAAGUCCUUGCUUCCCUUGGCACUGGGUUCAUAUGCACCAACAAGUCUGAACUGGAAUUGGUGCAGAGCCAUGGUAUUCCCUCUGAAGAUAUCAUCUACAGUGGUGUUUGCAAACAAGUUUCCCAGAUUAAAUAUGCUGCUAAAAAUGGCAUUGACCUCCUGGUGUGUGAUAAUGAAGCAGAGCUGCGCAAGAUUUCUCGCUGCCACCCCAAUGCCAAGCUGCUGCUACAGGUGUCAACGGAAGCGUCAAACCCGGACGAUGACAUGAGCAUGACAUUUGGCUGCUCACUCAAGGACUGCAGACAUCUGCUGGAGAGUGCUAAGGAGCUGGGUGUGCAGGUAGCUGGGGUCAGGUCUCACAUUUCCAACUCCUGUGACGAUGACCAGGUGUAUGUUCAUGCCAUCUCCGAUGCCCGUUGUGUCUUUGAUAUGGGGGAGGAAAUUGGCUUCAGCAUGAAAAUCUUGGACAUUGGAGGCGGAUUCAGUGGCUCUGAGGCCCAACUGGAACUGAUUAAUAGUGCAGUCAUGUCUAUGGUGGACCUAUACUUCCCUCCAUCUUCAGGAGUUUCCAUCAUUGCUGAGCCUGGUAACUUCUUCGUGUCCUCUGCUUUCACACUAGCUGUCAAUGUCAUCUCCAAGGAGGUGGUGGCACGUGAUCCCCAGGACCAGGAUCAUGAUCUGUCUCCCAAUGAAGAGCCAGCGUUCCAGUACACUAUGAACGAAGGAGUGUAUGGAUCGUUUGCCAGCAAACUCUCUGAAGGACUGAUAUCUGCCCCAUCUGUUCACAAGCAGAACACUUCCCUGGAUGUACCGGUGUUCAGCAGCAGCUUGUGGGGUCCCUCUGGAGAUGAUCUGGACCAGGUACUGGAGCACUGUCUUUUACCUGAGCUCAACAUUGGAGAUUGGCUCAUGUUCACACAUGCUGGCUCCUACAGUCUGGGUCAACCACUGUGCUCCCCCACUGACUCACCACCACCCCCUGUGUACUACGUCAUCUCCUCUAGAGACUGGUUUGAGAUGCAGGACACUGGUGUUACCAACGAGGCUAUGCUUAAGAACUUCUCCCUGGUCCCGUACUUCCUCAAUUCCUGCCAAACAGAGGCUGCACUGUCGGUCCCAGCUUAGGAAACAUCUGACUGGGACCAGAAGUCUUUUCACUUUUCUCACUUGUUUCUGCUGCUAGCUUCCUUUGGUUCACAUUCCCCUGGGGUCAACUCUCCCAGUAGUGCUUGAAAUUGCCUGGACCAGACCAUAUUCAUAUCGCAGACCCCAGUGCACUGCACUUCUGUGUGGUCAGCCCUGGAAACCCUAAGUAGGUGUUAAUUAGUAUGCAACAAAAUGGAUGAGUCCAGAAAAGACAGUUUGGGGACUCCUCUUGAACUACCGUUUACACCCCUACAGUAGACAUAUAAUACUUUUAAAUGAUUAUAUUUGACAGAUAUUAUUAUUCAUAUCUCCUUUGCUGUUGUCAGUCUUGUAUAUUAUGUGUAUCCCUGAUUGAAGCAGUGUAUUUAUAAAAAGAAACACUUCUGAGAUUAUAUAGAAAGUUUUGCCAAAAGAUUUGUAUUUUGUAUUUUAAUUUGUUGUGUAGGUUUUUUUUGUGUGUGCACAAAGGCUAGAAUCCAUUAUUACAUUUAAAAAGUGGCAUCUUCAUAUUAAAUUGAGAGCUUGCAGCAUAUCUUUGCUGUACAUACAAAAUGUUUGGCGUCACCGUGGCGUCAGUUUCUGAAAAUUAUUUGAAAGCUAAAAGGUGAGUGUCCUUAAAUAAGGUGGUGUUUGCGUGCUUUUCCAAAGUGCUGAGCGUCUUGCUUCCAAGACUGGCAGGUGAGUGCUCUGCUACCUGACAGCCAAGCAGGUUUUAUUAGACAGCAUGUGCUGCAGAUGGAACACAGGAAGUGCUGGUGGAUAAUGAAUCGACUUACACUGAAAAUGACAUUGUUUCUUUACAAAAAAUGAUUUAAAAGACUACUGCAAGUUCUUUUUCUACUCAUAUAGUUUGAAAUAUUCUUCCAACAUCUGUGUUGAUAGAAUAUAGCAGUAUUUCCUGACACCAAGUAUACUUGCAUUGUGUGUAUCAUAUCUGUGAAACUGUCAUAAAUCUGUCUUAAGGCAUGAUAAAUUAUCAGGCACUUGCCUGCUUUUAACGUGUAGCUGUGCUUGUCUAAAUGAAGAGUAAUAAACACCCCACUGAGUGGACUGUAAA